CUCUCUCUCCCUCUCUCUCUCUUUUGUGAGUUAUAGCAACCGUUGCCUUGUGAAUCAAGCGCCAUAGUCACCGUAGUCCUGGCGACUGUUACCCAUCAACAACAACUACUCCUCUCCUCCUCCUCCUCCUCUUCCUCCUCCUCCUCCCCACCACCACCAUCUCCAUCACCCACCAACAACACCACAAUAAUCCACAGCCAAGGCCACUUGGUCAUUCUGGCAUUUUAUGGUAGAGAAUACAUUGAGUUUGGCUCAUGGAAAGAAUAUGAGAGACCAUCAUGCAGACAUCAGAGACCGGGUCGGACACAGGUUCGACAGUGACUUUACAGACAUCUGUGGCUAGUCAAGCAGCAGUGCCUACACAGGUGGUACAGCAAGUACCAGUACAACAACAGGUGCAGCAGGUACAGACUGUGCAGCAGGUACAGCAUGUCUAUCCAGCUCAGGUGCAGUACGUGGAAGGAAGUGACACUGUCUAUACCAAUGGAGCAAUCCGAACAACAACUUAUCCUUACACAGAAACGCAGAUGUACAGCCAAAACACUGGAGGGAAUUACUUUGAUACUCAAGGGAGUUCUGCACAGGUGACUACCGUGGUCUCAUCCCACAGUAUGGUGGGCACUGGUGGGAUUCAGAUGGGCGUCACGGGAGGACAACUCAUCAGCAGCUCUGGAGGAACCUAUCUGAUUGGCAAUUCAAUGGAGAAUUCUGGUCACUCAGUGACACAUACCACUCGGGCUUCCCCAGCGACAAUUGAAAUGGCGAUUGAGACGCUGCAAAAGUCUGACGGUCUGUCCACUCACAGAAGCUCUCUUCUCAACAGCCAUCUCCAGUGGCUGUUGGACAAUUACGAGACGGCAGAAGGAGUGAGCCUUCCCAGAAGCACUCUUUACAACCACUACCUACGACACUGUCAGGAACACAAACUGGACCCAGUCAAUGCUGCUUCUUUUGGAAAACUUAUAAGGUCAAUUUUUAUGGGGCUACGAACCAGGAGAUUGGGAACCAGAGGAAACUCCAAGUACCAUUACUAUGGGAUUCGUGUCAAGCCAGAUUCCCCUCUUAAUCGUCUGCAAGAAGACAUGCAGUAUAUGGCUAUGAGACAACAACCCAUGCAACAGAAACAAAGGUACAAGCCUAUGCAGAAAGUGGAUGGGGUUGCAGAUGGUUUCACAGGAAGUGGUCAACAGACAGGCACAUCUGUUGAGCAAACUGUAAUUGCCCAAAGUCAACAUCAUCAACAGUUUUUAGAUGCAUCUCGAGCACUUCCAGAGUUUGGAGAAGUUGAAAUCUCUUCUCUGCCAGAUGGUACUACCUUUGAGGAUAUCAAGUCACUGCAGAGUCUUUAUCGAGAGCACUGUGAGGCAAUAUUGGACGUUGUUGUGAAUCUUCAAUUUAGCCUGAUAGAAAAAUUGUGGCAAACAUUCUGGCGCUAUUCUCCCUCCACUCCAACUGACGGCACUACCAUUACUGAAUCAAGCAAUCUGAGUGAAAUAGAAAGUCGACUUCCGAAAGCAAAGCUGAUAACUCUGUGCAAACAUGAGUCUAUCCUGAAAUGGAUGUGUAACUGUGACCAUGGGAUGUACCAGGCUUUGGUGGAGAUUCUCAUCCCCGACGUCCUUAGACCUAUUCCUAGUGCCUUGACCCAAGCCAUUCGAAAUUUUGCAAAAAGCCUUGAAGGUUGGCUUUCCAAUGCCAUGAACAAUAUUCCACAGAGAAUGAUACAAACCAAGGUUGCAGCUGUAAGUGCCUUUGCCCAGACUCUGCGAAGAUACACGUCGCUCAAUCACCUGGCCCAGGCAGCUCGUGCAGUGCUUCAGAACACUUCUCAGAUCAACCAGAUGCUCAAUGACCUCAACCGUGUCGACUUUGCCAAUGUCCAGGAGCAGGCUUCCUGGGUAUGUCAGUGUGAUGACAACAUGGUUCAGAGACUAGAAACAGACUUCAAGAUGACUCUUCAGCAGCAGAGCACCCUGGAGCAGUGGGCUGCAUGGCUUGACAAUGUGAUGAUGCAAGCACUGAAACCCUAUGAAGGAAGACCCAGUUUUCCUAAAGCUGCCAGGCAGUUUCUGCUAAAAUGGUCUUUCUACAGCUCAAUGGUUAUUCGGGACUUAACCCUACGCAGUGCUGCUAGCUUUGGCUCCUUCCACCUGAUCCGUCUGCUCUACGAUGAGUAUAUGUUCUACUUAGUAGAACAUCGUGUUGCUCAGGCAACAGGAGAGACACCCAUAGCGGUCAUGGGUGAGUUUGGUGAUUUAAAUGCUGUGUCUCCUGGAAAUCUGGAUAAAGAUGAAGGCAGUGAAGUGGAGAGUGAAAUGGAUGAGGAAUUAGAUGACUCUUCAGAACCUCAAGCCAAAAGAGAGAAAACCGAGCUGAACCAGGCAUUUCCGGUAGGCUGUAUGCAGCCUGUUCUCGAGAGUGGCGUGCAGCCAAGCCUCCUGAAUCCAAUUCACAGCGAGCACAUCGUCACGAGUACUCAGACUAUCAGACAGUGCAGCGCUACAGGAAAUACCUACACUGCAGUCUAAAGAAUAUUAAAGCGUAUUUUUCCAGCUAACAUUAACCCUGUUGAUAUUGGGCUUAAGUUGAAAUUUUAAUAAGCCUGAAGGUCAACUGUUGUCAAAUUCUCUGUGGUGAACAUUACCUUUUUGGAGUUGUGAAAUGGAAUGGGUGUAUGUAUU